AUGUCUGCACCCAAGCUGCUGUUUUUACAUGGAUUCUUUCAAAAUGCCAAGGUGUUCUCUGAAAAGUCCUCUGGCAUUAGAAAACUGCUGAAAAAGGCCAAUGUUCAAUGCGAUUACUUGGAAGGACCUACCGUUUUGGAGAGAAAAGAUCUGCCUUUUGAGCUUGAUGACGAAAAAUGGCAGGCUGCAGUAGAUGCACAAGUCAACAGAUCGUGGUUCUACCAUUCCGAAAUUUCCAAAGAUCUGGACUUAACCCAGGCAAUCAAAGCUGUGUCUGAAAAAAUCAAGGCUGAGGGUCCAUAUGACGGCAUUGUAGGUUUCUCGCAAGGUGCUGCUGUGGCGGCCAUUGUCACAAAUAAGAUAACAGAGUUGGUUCCUGACCAUCCACCAUUCAAAGUGAGUCUAAUAUUUUCGGGCUAUUCGUUCACGGAACCAGAUCCGCAAAACGAAGGUCAGCUACGCAUCACGGAGAAAUUUCAGGACAGUUUUACCCCAAGACCAGAGAAUCACACCAAGAUGUUGUUUGUUUGGGGAGCCAGUGAUGUGGCCGUUCCAGCUACGAGAUCCAAGUAUCUUCGCGAUAAAUAUACUGGAGGCUCGGAGUCCAGCGAUCUUGUAAAAAGCUAUGAACACCCAGGUGGGCACAUGGUGCCAAACAAGAAAGACAUCCUGAGACCUAUCGUGGACGAAAUCAACUCCGCCGUCGAAGCAAAAUAA